AUGCCGCGCGGGAGUUUGUGUGGCACGAAACGACUGUUUGGACUUGACAACCAGUUUGGGAUCCAUCAAGCUGUAGUCAGUUUUAACAUCCCGGGAGAUUACAGCUCUAACUCGGGGGAUGCCGGGUACACGGGUAGACUGGACGUGCAAUGCCGGUCCGGACACUGGCUACUGACCAGAUCAAACCAAGAGCCCUAUCUCCGGGAAGCUGAGGGGGUUUGCGCCCAGUGUGAUGUAAGGGCUCACAAACCCUGCACGCCCUGCCUCCUAUCUUGUGAAUCUAACGAAAUCCCUUUGGCGGACUGCACAGACUGCGAAGAAAAAGAGUUCAAGACUCAGAUAGUCACGUACAGUCAGCCUGCUUGGAAGGAACAUGUUAGAGCUUCGACAGACACGACCAAGAAACCUGAUUCACAACAGCUACACUCGACAAUAAUCGUCGGUACAACAAAUGUAGUGACACACGGGGGUGAGAUCCCAGAAGAGGAAGAUGCCACUACAGGAGAAGGUAUCGAGACUGUUAAGCCUACAACUAAAGGAUACACCACACAAGAGUGGAGGUCCACAGCUCAGGGCUCCACCACCAAGGUGAUACCCAUGACUACCAAGGUGGUACCCAAGGAGUAUACGACUAGAGUCGUGUCAGGGUCUCCAACUGCAGGUGAAACUUCUACAUACAAUCAGAUCACAACAAAGUUGAUCAACUCGACGGAGGUCCGCCUUAUAUUGACAGAAGAGAAAAAUACAAUGGAACCAGAAAAAACUACUGAGCCGGCUCAAGGGACAGAUGCAGCGCACAACUCGGCAAUGUUUUCACCACUUUACACAGGUAUCUUCGAGAUUACACCGUCUGAUGGUGCCACCACUGCACUGGUCUCGACUAAGAGUGAGAAUGAGGUCUUCACUGAGGCUGAAAUUGUCACAACUCAAGCUGUCACAACUCAAGCUGAGGUUGUAACUACUGAUGCUGAAAUUGUAACUACUCAAGCUGAAAUUGUAACAACUCAAGCUGAAAUUGUAACAACUCAAGCUGAAAUUGUAACGACUGAUGCUGAAAUUGUCACUACCCAAGCUGAAAUUGUAACGACUGAUGCUGAAAUUGUCACUACCCAAGCUGAAAUUGUAACAACUGAUGCUGAAAUUGUCACUACCCAAGCUGAAAUUGUAACAACUGAUGCUGAAAUUGUCACAACUCAGGCUGAAAUUGUCACAACUCAGGCUGAAUUUGUAACAACUCAAGCUGAAAUUGUAACGACUGAUGCUGAAGUCACUACCCAAGCUGAAAUUGUAACAACUGAUGCUGAAAUUGUAACAACCCAAGUUGUAACAACUCAAGCGGAGUUUGUAACAACUGAUGCUGAAAUUGUAACAGUAAAGGCCAGCGAUUUAAAGUCUGUGAGUGUGAGUGCGAAAGUAUCAGAAUUUGCUACGAAAAGGCCAGCGUCUGCGUCAGAUUCUCCCGACAUCUUCAACUCUGCAAUGAUUUCUCCUCUUUAUACAGGUCCCUUCGAAGUUACUCCUUCUAAAGGUCCAGCCACGGAAGUGGUAACGACCGACAAUGAUGUUGCUACUGAGAAAUCUACAACGGAAACUGAAAUUGUCACAAUAGAAGCUGAAACUGUAGCCACCGAGUCUGAAAUUAUAAUAACUGAAGCUGUAACGACCGAGGCUGAGACUGCUACGACUGAACCUGGAGUAGUGAUAACUAAAGCUAGAGUUUUCACAACUGAACUGAUAACAUCAGAGCCUGAUGUAGCUUCUACACCUGAUAAAACAGAAGUUGUGGUCCUACCUGGGGAUCCUAAUGAUAACGAGGGUGAUCAGGAUGAUUGGGAUGAAGAGGACAAUGACGUAGAUAGUUCUAAAAGUGCUGAUCCAGAGUACUGUAUUGAUCACGAGAUCUGCUACAAUGGCGGGGAGAGCGUCUGCGAGAACGGUGGCGAUUUCCUUUACUGCAUCUGUCAACAUGGGUUUACAGGAACGUACUGUGAACAAGAAAGGUCCGUUGCUAAAGUAGACGAUGUGCCCCGAGGACAAAGCAGUUUCUGGGACUGGAAACUCUCAAAAUACAUCAUUGGGGGUCUGGGGGCCCUGACGGUUAUCGGUCUGAUCAUGCUCACAUGCAUGGUAGUGAAGUGCGUGAAGUCGGGAAAGGAGGACCGAAGAAGAAUGGAGGACUACAAUGCGGUGGGGAUGGAAACGUUUAUACCGCCUGCCCCCGUGGUGCAGACCACCUUGAGGGGUGCCGCCAUGGACAGAGGCUCUUCUGAUGUAAUGGACGAGAGAAGUGAAGAGGAGUUCCACCUGCACGAGUCUGACGAUGAGUUGGGUGACAGCCCGGUUCAGAUUCACCGGCUCCACAACUUCCCGGACCCGGAGGACGACGGACUCCUGCACCACGCUCCUACUCACCGACCCGGUCCCUCCCCAGACCACUACAAAGUUCCCACUCAAAACAGGGAGUACAUGAACAUGAACAAACAGAAAGGCAACUUCAGUCCCUACAUGAACGGACAUAACGGCGACAAAAUUGGCCCCUACAUGAACGGGACGGCGAACACGUACAGUCACAAGUUAAACGACAAAAAUAAGGACCAGUAUGCUCACCUGAACCGGAGCUAUUCCAAAAACGCCCAACCUCAACAUAACUAUCUCAAUCUUCCCUGAGGGAAAUGUACAGGUUUCCACGAACCAUGUUGAUCCACCCGAUAUAGCAGUCAAAGCAAAAUGGAAAUGAACGGCGAAAGUUUCAGAUAGACAUAACAGAUAGGAUACUCAUGGGCAGACAUACUGGUACAUUAACAUACUGGUACAUACUGGGUAUGAUUGAAAAAAGAUAGCAUAACGUGUUGAGCAAUGAUCACAUUUAAAUUUUUAGUUUUUAGUUGAAAGUUGGCUUUGUAAUGAUUAUUUGGUAGUAUUUUGGCAAUUCUAAGGGAGAAGGUUUGGAUGAUCUUAAAAUUCAACCAUUACUCCCUUCAAGAGCUGGCACUCAUCUCAUCCAAUUAAAAGGUUGUAUUAGAACUGUAAGCCAAUCAAAAAUGAGUAUACAUGCACUGCACACGGGCAACUGGUAUACAUUCAAGGAGACUUUUUCCUUUCAGGUAUAUGUCUGCAUAGUGCAGUUUCAAUGGUUGCUGGUGAUUGAUUAUGUAUAGUAUAUGUUUUUUAUACUGAUAUAGCUUUAUCUAGAUAACGUUUUUUUGUUGAAUUGAAUUCAGUUUUCUUGAAAACGUGAAGAUUUUAACCUUUCUGAUAUAAUGAAGAUAUUGAGUGCUUUUAGCUUCUUACCAAAUUAAACUGAAAAAUUACUUUUAUAAGCUUGUAUUGUAUUGGCAAUAUUUGAAUGUUCUGCAUCGUUAUGCGACUUUUUACAUUCUUAUACCGAAUCUUUUAUAGAUUUUUUGUAAUUCGACCGAAUUCUAGAAA